AUGAACGCUUCCUCUAAUGCAAACCAAAGCAGCUCUCCCGUGUUCUGCCUGCUGGGCGCUGUGGGUUACUCCCAUGGCCUGGAUACAUGCGUACUGGAGGUGGUUGUUAUCCUGUUCCUCACUGUGCUGAUCAUCGCCGGCAACCUGGUGGUGAUCUUCGUCUUCCACUGCGCCCCUCUGCUGCACCACCACACCACCAGCCACUUCAUCCAGACCAUGGCGUACGCCGACCUGCUGGUGGGCGUGAGCUGCCUGGUGCCCUCGCUGUCCCUCCUCCACUACCUCCGAGGCCUCAAUGAGGAGUUCACCUGCAAGGCGUUCGGCUACAUGGUUUCGGUGCUGAAGAGUGUUUCCAUGGCAUCCCUGGCGUGCAUUAGCGUAGACCGCUACAUCGCUAUCACCCGCCCAUUGUCGUACGCCAGGCUGGUGACACCCUGCCGACUGAGGGUGUGCAUCGUGCUGGUCUGGGUUUACUCCGCUCUGAUCUUCCUCCCAUCCUUCUUCGGCUGGGGGAAGCCUGGCUACCAUGGGGACAUAUUUCAAUGGUGCGCAGACUCCUGGAAGACGGACCCGGGAUUCAGCACCUUCAUCCUGGCGCUGCUCUACGCGCCAGCAGCGCUCGUCGUGUGCUUCACCUACGGGAGUAUAUUCAGGAUCUGCCGGCAGCACACUAAGGAGAUCACCCAGCGCCACGCACGCUUCUGCUCGCAGAAGGAGGGGGACAAGGGCGAGCGAGGGGAUCGGGUCGAGGGCUGCCCGGACAAACGCUACGCCAUGGUGCUGUUCCGCAUCACCAGCGUCUUCUACGUGCUGUGGAUGCCGUACAUCCUCUACUUCCUUUUGGAGAGUGCUGGACUGUAUCACCAUAACGUGGCGUCCUUUCUAACCACGUGGUUGGCGAUUAGCAACAGCUUCUGUAACUGUCUCAUCUACAGCCUCUCGAACAGUGUCUUCCGGAAAGGUCUCGGCCGCCUCUUCAGCCCUCUGUUCCCGUCCUGCCUCGGCUGCGCCGCCAAAAAAGCUCCGGCUCCCGUCUGCCCGCGACCAGACCCUCGAUGCAAAGUAUGA